AACAGCCAAUCCCAACGCAGGAAGUGGGCAGGUUUUACUCUGUCACUAUCCCCUGUAUGGAAAAAGCCUCUGCAUCUUUUUUUGCUUGGUGGGGGGAGAGGAGGAAGAAGCAGCCUUCCUGCAUUUUAAACGCUUUUCGUGCAAGGGAAGAGGAAAAGAAACAAAACAAAACAACCCCAGCCUUUAAAUCGUUCAUGUGAGAGUUGUUUGUGUCCUGACUGCUUUGGUGUUCAGCAAACCGUUUAAUUAUUUUACUUAAUCAGACAGGAUGAUAGCUGCCCAGCUUCUGGCCUAUUUCUUCACAGAAUUGAAGGAUGAUCAGCUCAAAAAGAUUGAUAAAUAUCUUUAUUCCAUGCGGCUCUCUGAUGAAACGCUGGUGGAUAUCAUGGCUCGCUUCAAGAGAGAGAUGCAAAAUGGUCUUUCUAGAGACUUCAAUCCAACAGCCACAGUAAAAAUGCUUCCUACAUUUGUAAGGUCAAUUCCUGAUGGCUCAGAGAAAGGAGAUUUCAUUGCAUUGGAUCUUGGCGGAUCUUAUUUUCGAAUUCUGCGAGUGAAGGUCUCUCAUGAGAAAAAGCAGACAGUACAAAUGGAAACUGAGAUUUAUGACACACCAGAAGAUAUCAUGCAUGGCAGUGGAACCCGGCUCUUUGAUCAUGUUGCUGAAUGCCUGGGAGAUUUCAUGGAGAAGCAACAAAUCAAGGACAAGAAAUUGCCAGUUGGGUUUACAUUUUCUUUCCCAUGUAGACAAUCCAAGCUAGAUGAGGGUAUUCUGAUAACCUGGACAAAACGCUUCAAAGCAAGUGGAGUUGAGGGAGCAGAUGUAGUAAAGCUGCUCAACAAGGCAAUCAAGAAACGUGGGGACUAUGAUGCAGACAUCAUGGCUGUUGUAAAUGACACAGUAGGAACAAUGAUGACCUGUGGGUUUGAUGACCAGCGUUGUGAAGUUGGCUUGAUUAUAGGUACUGGCACAAAUGCCUGCUACAUGGAAGAAAUGAGGCAUAUUGAUUUGGUGGAAGGUGAUGAGGGGAGGAUGUGCAUUAACACUGAGUGGGGAGCCUUUGGAGAUGAUGGGUCACUAGAAGACAUCAGAACUGAGUUUGACAGGGAGAUUGACCGUGGAUCCCUCAAUCCUGGAAAACAACUGUUCGAGAAGAUGGUCAGCGGACUGUACAUGGGUGAGCUGGUCAGGCUUAUCCUUGUAAAGAUGGCCAAAGAGGGGCUACUGUUUGAGGGGCGAAUCACUCCAGAGCUUUUAACCAAAGGAAAAUUUGAAACGAAACAUGUGUCUGCCAUAGAAAAAAGCAAAGAAGGUCUGAAUAAAGCCAAAGAAAUUUUGACACGUCUUGGGGUAGAACCAUCCCAUGAAGACUGCAUUGCUGUCCAUCACGUCUGUACAAUUGUUUCAUUCCGUUCUGCUAAUCUGGUGGCUAGUACUCUGGGCGCAAUUCUGAAUCAGUUGCGUGAUAAUAAAGGAGUAACCAGGCUGCGCACCACGGUGGGUGUGGAUGGUUCCCUUUACAAGAUGCAUCCACAAUAUGCCAGACGCUUGCAGAAAACAACAAGGCGAUUAGUUCCUGACUCUGACGUGCGAUUCCUUCUGUCUGAGAGUGGCAGCGGAAAGGGUGCUGCAAUGGUCACAGCAGUAGCAUACAGGUUGUCCGAGCAGCACAGGCUGAUAGAUGAGACUCUGGCUGAAUUCAAGCUUACUCACGAGCAGCUGUUGCAGAUUAAAAAAAGGAUGCGAGCAGAAAUAGAAGCUGGGCUGAGGAAGAAAACUCAUGAAAAUGCAAAAGUAAAAAUGCUGCCUACCUUUGUUCGCAGCACACCAGAUGGAACAGAGAAUGGAGAUUUUCUGGCUCUUGAUCUGGGAGGAACAAACUUCAGAGUUUUGCUUGUGAAGAUCCGUAGUGGUAAAAGGAGAACAGUUGAAAUGCACAAUAAAAUAUACGCUAUUCCUAUAGAGGUCAUGCAGGGUACUGGAGAAGAACUGUUUGAUCACAUUGUUAGCUGUAUCUCAGACUUCCUGGAUUACAUGGGAAUAAAAGGCGCACGACUUCCCCUUGGCUUUACGUUUUCCUUCCCUUGCAAGCAGACCAGUUUAGAUGCUGGUAUCCUCCUCAACUGGACCAAAGGCUUUAAAGCUACUGAUUGUGAAGGAGAGGAUGUAGUGUAUUUGCUUAGGGAAGGAAUUAGAAGGAGAGAGGAAUUUGACUUAGAUGUUGUGGCAGUGGUGAAUGAUACAGUUGGCACUAUGAUGACUUGUGCAUAUGAAGAUCCAAAUUGUGAAAUAGGACUCAUUGUGGGCACUGGCAGCAAUGCAUGUUACAUGGAGGAAAUGAGAAAUGUAGAGAUGGUAGAGGGAGAUCAAGGACGAAUGUGUGUGAACAUGGAAUGGGGUGCGUUUGGAGACAGUGGAUGCUUGGACGACAUCAGGACAAUUUAUGACAAAGCUGUCGAUGAUUAUUCAUUAAAUGCUGGAAAACAAAGGUAUGAGAAAAUGAUUAGUGGAAUGUACCUGGGAGAAAUCGUUCGCAAUAUUUUGAUUGACUUCACUAAAAGGGGAUUCCUGUUUAGAGGUCAAAUUUCAGAGUCACUGAAGACCAGAGGUAUCUUUGAAACCAAGUUCCUUUCACAGAUUGAGAGCGACAGAUUAGCAUUGCUUCAGGUACGAACAAUCCUCCAGCAGCUGGGCUUGAACGGUACCUGUGAUGACAGUAUAAUUGUAAAGACGGUUUGUGGAGCAGUAUCGAGAAGAGCAGCUCAGGUGUGUGGAGCUGGAAUGGCUGCAGUUGUAGAUAAAAUAAGAGAGAACAGAGGAUUAGACCACCUGGAAGUAACAGUUGGUGUAGAUGGGACUCUGUAUAAACUACAUCCACACUUUUCAAGGAUCAUGCACCAAACAGUAAAGGAUCUCGCACCGAAAUGCAAUGUGACAUUCCUCCUUUCAGAAGAUGGCAGUGGGAAAGGGGCAGCUCUCAUUACUGCUGUGGGAUGUAGACUUCGCGAUGCUGAGCAAAACUAAACUCCAGAACACUGGCUUUAAUUCUGCCUUUCGAGCACUUUCUUAUAAAGCUGCAACUCUGUAGUCUGAACUGGUAGAAGACCAGAAUUCACUGCUUUAUUGAAAAGUACAACUAAUGACGUAAAAAAUAGGAUACAAAAUAGAGUGUGUGCUGUUGAUAAUAUCACCCAUCUCUGGACCCCCAAUCUGCAUGUUUCUUUUCCACCUGGUUGGUACAUACAUUCCCCAUCUCUAGGUCAUGAAAAUCAGUUUAUUAUUUAUUCAGCUGUCAAAAUAAGUUAUUGUUUGAGAUAAAAUUACAGCCAAACGAUAUACAUUAAUGAGAGCUACUGUUACUUUGUAUGAAAUGUAUUCUCUCCAGCAGAUACUACGUCCAUGUUAAAUGCUGAACAUAAAAUCAAGGUGUUUAUGCUUAUAGAAGCAGAAGUAGUAAUUCCCCCCUGCAUUUCUGCCUAACGUUGUUUCACUUAAAAUGACUCUGGAAAUAUCACAGUGUGUCAGCACUGGGUGCUCAUGUAACUCUAUAGUGGGAUUUAGAAUACGACCUUUUUGCCUCAGUUCAUGUUUUAUUACAGUAAAAGUAAAUGGCUCUGUCCCACAAAUCUGGUAUCACUGGCAUUUCCCACUGCUUCUGUGAAUAGUGUUGUGUUACCAAGUACAAUAUGUAUUGUUUAAAGAGGAAAAUCUUUUCUAGUAAAAUCAAGUGAUUGAUUGGGGUAAUCCAAAUCUCUGGACAUGGGAAAUCUGUGGUCUUUAGCAGAUUUUGCUGUAUUGUUCAGAGUCUUAAGAUUUCUUGUAAAAGUUUUCUAUCCUUUUCUUUAACUAAAUAAAUCAGCACACUGCUGCUGUUUUGCUGAGUCUGUAGCUAAACAGACUGGAACAGCAUCAUACAGAAGUAUAAAAUUCCCUCUCUUACUUUAAAGAGUUUUUUUUUUUUUUUUUUGCUUCAAAGCAAGUUUUAAUGUUUAAACACCUUCUCAAAACACAAACACCCAGCUAAAGUUAAUGAUCCUAAGGAAAUACCAGGGUCUGGCUUUGGUUUGGACGUUAAGGACCCAGGUGCAUAAAACAAAUAAACCACAAAAACAAUGCCAGGCCCAGUUAUUCCAUGGACUAAAACAACUACGACAAAGAUUAUAUACAUACUGAGUAUCCCUUCCCAUGUUGGAUCGAUUCUGUCAUUAUAAGUAUUUAGCACAUCUAUUUUUUUUAAACCGAGAAGCAAGUUAAGCCAGUCUACAUUAAAUAACUUUUGCAUGUCACACUUUUCUCCUGCAAAAAAAGGAGCGUCCUUUGUAGUUAAUUCCUCCUUUUCUACCAGAAACGAAUUGAGGUCUCUGCAUGGUUUUUUUUUCCUGCAGAAAAUCUGGAUAUGCAGCUUGCUGUUCCCUCUUCUUGUGUCACCCCCCUCCCCCCACAAGAUUUGGAUUGCCCUAGUUAUUGAUAACAUUUCAGUAUGCAUUAUGAUGCACUGUGAUUGAAUGUUGUAAGGUAACAUGUGAGUCACAAGCAGUACUUGCAGCUUUAAGUGUGUGUGUGUCUACCUGAAGAAUUGCAUGCCUAACUGGUUUUGCAAAGGUAGAAAGUCUUUACUUUGCACACUAGUAAUAGUUAUACUAGUGUUAAGUGAUAUUUGUGAAAAUAUUAAACUUUUUUUGAUGUGUGUUAA